UUGAUCGUUGCUGUGCAACCAGUUGACAACGAACUAUUUAUAGAUCUCCAAGCUCGAGGCUUCAGUCUGAAGUAAAACAUUUUGACAGGAAACUCACAAAAUGGAAGCCAACGAGACACAGACGCCCCAGGCUCCUGAGCUGGGACCGGGAGGAGUUCCGAAGGAUGCCAAGACGUCUGAGUACUACCGGACAAAGGAGAUGCCAGCCAGGUUCGACAACCCAAACUGGUUUGAAGGCUACGUCGGGAAGCCCCAGCACCCCAUGUACAUGACCACGUCGUGUGAAUAUGGCCGCCGAGCCCCGACAGUUCACACCAUGCCGACAUGCUUUCAUGCCAAGUCUCAGCAGUUCUCAGAGAAACUGGGCGUGUGCGGAAUGUACCGGAACCACUCCCUGAACACAUCUCUAGACCAGAGCCGUGUCUAGCCGUCUCGUGUUGUACACUUUCACAGAUCUCGGCCCUCCACACAUUCACCACCAACUCUUUCUUUUAGUCAGUUUUUUUGUUACAUUUUAUUGUUAAAAGUUUCUUACAUCUUUUUAAAGAAAAUUGAAAUGGAGAGACUAUAUGAAAUUUGAGAAAUUUUCAGUAGUCAGUUUUUGAAAGUGGUAAUAAACUAGAUCUUAUCUUGAUGACUAUGUCAAAUAUUUAAUGUUACCCAGAAUAUUUAUAUACAGGUACAUUCCUGUCCUGUGGUUCAUAUCAUAUAUACAGUAUACUGUAGUGUUGUUUGAAGCCAUCCUACCAGAUAUUGAGGUUUGGCAUUUACCUCCGUCACUUGCAUGCUGUGUGUGGAAAUCAUUGUGUAUCAUUUUAAAUAUCAUUAAAUCUUCCAUGCUU